UAGCAAAACGAAAGUAGGGAAUUUUCAAGAUUUGCAGGAAGUGAAUCAUAAAGCUUCGUCAUACUUUCAAAACAUGAGAAGAGGAAAGGGAAAACACGUGUGCUUACAUUUCCUAGUAGUAAUCAUUCAGAUCUUUGAUACCGUUUUAAGCUGUCCUGCAUCAACGCCGACUAUAACGUACGUAUCUUUUUGUCCGACAAGUCAAGAAGAAUGGGAAAAGGCAGCUGAACGGAAGAAUUGUGAGAGCAUUGCUGCUAUUCAGAACUGCACUGAUCGGAGUAAAUUUCAAUAUCAUUGUUUAAUGAAUCACUGGAAAAACGCAACACUAGAAGUUUGUGCACCUAUUUUCUACUUACAAGGCUAUUGUGCAGAAUUUAACAUUCAGAUGAAACAAGUGGCAGAAAUUUACGACGAAGGAUUCGAAUGUCUGAAGUUUAAUGGCACACACAAAUGUCCACGAAGAUACCCGUCCAUCGAGGCAUAUAAAUAUCAACGAUGCUAUAGAUACAAGAAUAUAUCUACAUAUAUCUGUACGGAAAAAUUAAGUUCAAAAGACAUGUACAAAGACAACAGUUGGAUAGCACUUGUGUUUAUUAUCAUCGUUUCACUCCUAAUUGGAAUCCUUGCCUUCGUCGUUGUGAUGAUGAGAAAAGGAAUUUGUAAUAAACUCAGCAAAGAUGACUCUGAAGAAGGACGAAUUCUCUUACAGCGGACGGAAAUGACAAUGGAAAACAUUUCAGUAGAGUGUCAAAAACCUAAUAAGAAUGCGGAACAGAAUAAACUUGAUGACACCGAAGAAGGACAAAUUCCCGUACAUGUUUAUCAGUCGGAAAUGCCAAAGGAAAGCAUUUCAGAGGCUGGCAGUUUUUCUUCAGGGUUUCAACGGCCUAAUAAGAAUUCGGAACAGAAAAAACUUGAAAACACUGAAGAUCUUACUAAUCUUCCUACAACGGACGGAAGUGCCAAAGAUGAAACUGAAGAGGAAACUGAUCUUCUUACAGCAGACAGAAACAUCAAACAAAGACCAUCUUCAAAGACAAAGCGAGCACCGGAAAUGCCAAAAAAUGCUCCUUACAAGAAUGAUGAAACAAAAGUAGCUGAACAAGUACGAACAACCGCUGAAGAUAGGGAAACCCCAACAGCCCCACCAAGAAAAUCAAAGAGGCCUGCAAAUGAUAAAUGCUCAAAUGACUUCAUAAAGUCCAAGUGAAAAGUUUCUGCGAGAACCUGAUCCAUAAAUUUAAAAAGACAGAGCAUAAAAGAAAUGCAAAAUCAUGGAAAUUGAUUUACUCAUUUUGUGUUUAUUUAAGGGUGGAAGUCCGAAAACUUUGAGAGAAAGAACUGUUCGAGGCCCGAAGUUUUUUCUCUCACAGAAUGAACAAUUUGAGGACGUUAUCCUACUUAGACAUUUUUUUCUAUUGUUAACUUAACUAGAGCCGAGCUCGUUGCAAAGAAACGAGUAGGUCUUCCGUCGGAGCUGCGGACAGAGAAAUGACCUUGAGUCAAGGUCAUGCCACGUUCUAAUGUUAAAGCAAUCUUUUAAGGGUAGAUAUCAUCUUAUUAUGUUUUACUAUUAAAAGAAGGACACCAUGACACACGCUGAUGAUGAGCAUAUCCCAUUUGUGUGCUACCGUAUUGACAAAUUCACACAUGUUUUUUCAAACAAUGCAUCCAGCCAAAAUAUCUUAUCCUAAAUGACCUUGAUUCAAGGCCAUAACACACUCUGCAUGAUUUAAGCCAUACCUUUUUUUUUUUAGAUAGGCUUUGUCACAGCUAAUAUGCAUGUGUAAAAAGUUAUGGUAAAUUUUAAGCAAUGUUUAAAUUUUGGAAAAGCCGGAUAAACUUCAAGGUCAAAGUUCAUGAUAUACAAGUAUUUGAAAUGAUUUUAUCACAGGUUACGUACAUGUGAUAUUUGUGUAAUAUGAAAGUUCUAUCUCCUCUCAUUAAAAAGUUAUGAUCGAGCCUCAAGGUCAAGUUGUCAAAAGUCAGUGUAUUUAGAAAAGAGUUGUCUUAGGUAAUACACCGGGGUAAAAUAAAAGCCCUAUCUCUUCUCAUUCAAAAGGUAUGAGUAUUGUUAAUGUUUUUGAAAAGGUCAAAGGGUAAAAAAAUCAGUGAAGUUUGAAAGGCAUUGUCACAGUUAUUACAUUUUUAUAAAAUGGAAGCUUUCAAAAGUUCUGGUCAAUUUAAAGUAAUGUUAUUUUUUUAAGUAGGUCAAGCUCCAAGAUCAAGGUCACAGGGUCAAAAAUCACUGUGACAGUAUAUUUGAAAAUCAGAUGUCACAAAUGAUGCACUUGUGAAAUAUCAAAGUCCUAUUUCAACUCAUUCAAUAGUUAUUAUCAAGUUUAAAGUUCUCGUGACAGAUGGACAGACUGGCUGACAAAUAAGGUUUAAUGUUCCCUAAAAAAUAAAUACAUGAAAUUUGAACAUGAUAAAUUGAGAAAUACGAAUAAUAAAAAGAAACUAGAUGAGAUCUCAAUAUAAAUCAGGUUUCCUACAUGAGAUUUCCUUAAAGACUUAUUAAUACAUAUUAUUCAAGUACAUGCAAUACAUGUACGUUGGAGUUUCAAGACGCGGAGACCGGUCAUUUCGAUGAGAACAUAUACACAACUGUCUCAUUACGGGGUAGGUGGUGUCAUAAAAGGAUUAAAUUCGCCUUCAAGGUACCACCUCUGAUUUUUUUUAAAAGUCUGUCUUUGCGCUGCUAGUGAUUUAUAUUGUUUAAACAGAAUUUAAUUUUGUGAAAAGAAUUAUUUUUAAUGCUUAUUUUUGACAUAUGCUUAAAUUAUUUAC